AUGAAUAAAACAUUCAAUGGUAAUAUCGCGUUCGUUCACUCAGUUAGACAGAAAGUAGGGACCGGCAACAGUUACAAAUCGCCCGAGGAGUCGCCGCAUUCGGAGCACACCAGAUUGAGGAUGUCCAGGAGCCAAGGAGUCUGGUCCGACGAGCCGUGCACCUCGGCCAGUGGUCGAAGCGUCGCACGACAGUCGGCCGGGCCAUCCUCGAGGACGACACCCCCAAUUCUCGAGGAUCGGACAUCCGGUACCACGUCCUGCAAAGGUGGAUUCAGGUUAGGCAUCUACGGCUGGAGGAAAAGGUGUUUAUACUCCCUGGUGCUGACUUUAAUGAUCAUCGUGAUUUUGAACCUGGCUCUCACCGUGUGGCUGCUGAAGGUCAUGGGAUUCAGUUCCGAGGGAAUCGGCUCCCUGAAGGUGGUGCCCGGAGGGAUCGAGCUCAGAGGCCAGGCAGCCAUUCUCGACGCCCUUGUCGCAUCCAGUUUGAGAUCGAGACGGGGAAAGAAUCUGAUCCUGGAGUCGUGGAGCAACUUCACCGCAUCGGCCAGGUCCCACGACGGCAGAUUACUCGCGCGAUUGACAGUCGGCGAAGAUCGCGUGGACUGCGUGUCGAGAGGCUUCCGGAUAACUGACCCUCGAGGUGGAAUUCUCUUCUCGGCGGACAGGGAGCAAGUGGUGGUGGGUGCGGAGAUGUUGAGGGUAACAGGCGACGGGGGUGCCGUUUUCCAGGGCAGCGUACAAACGCCCCUGGUCAGAGGGGAAUCGGGCCGUGGUCUCAGACUCGAGUCAGCGACCAGGUCCCUGAAGAUCAGCGCUCCGCAGCGUGUGGUGAUCGAGUCUUGGGCGAACGAGAUCUCAGCCUCCUGCCUGACCGACCUGAAGCUCCAGAGCGUUCACGGUGCAAUCAGGCUGGACGCGAAGACCGUCUACAUGAAAGGCCUGAAAACAGCAAGUCCAAGUCAAGGUCACUCGUCGAGAGAGCAACAACAGCAACAGCAACACUCCUCCAGGACGUCUUCCCAUCAAAGUCAAAGGGACACGACGAUAUACCAGUUGUGCGCCUGUGCUAAUGGUAAACUGUUUCUGGCCAGGUCCGAAGGAGCCUGUCAGGCGGACAAAUCGAUUUGCUAA